AUGUCACCCGACUUAAAUACAUGGUCCGUGGUGUCAGGCGCUCUGGGGCUCUCUCUUGUCGGAUUGUUUAGCUCGCCUGCAGUUCUGAAGGCCUUCCGCCCAAAGCCGGUUCAACCCAUUCGGCUCGACGAUGAAGUUCCCGGAAAGAAGUGGUACCAAGACGAAGAUGGCGAAGCAGCAGAGGAGUCCCAGGAGAGUUAUUCAAAUCUGGGACAGAGAAUAGCCAUUACCCUCUUUUCGGCGACCGGGUUGGCGUCUGCACUGGCGUUGUUGGUCGUGAGCACACGGUCCAGACACAGUCCUCUCCUUCUCCCCUCGUGGCUACAGUCCGGUAUUUGGAUACUUCUGAGUAUAGAAUCUGUAACUCUUUUUGUGCCAGCGUCCCCGGUUGAAUGCUACCGACUUGGACUCCAUGUCCUUGCCAGCAGCAUCGUCGCCAUCGCAGUGCCCGGCAUUCAGAUGGGCCUACUGCGUGCUUCAAGUUACUCUACUGCCAUUGACCUGUUGCCAGCCCGCCUGCUAGUGCUCAUCGCCGCGUCAGCCUUUGCCCGCGGCUUGUCUGCUAUUCAUAUACCUCGUCGCCCAAAUGUAUAUCACGAGGCUCUUGUUGUCGACAGGGAACGCACAGUCAGCCUGCGCAACCGCAUCUCAUUCUCCUGGGCUACGCCAGUUCUUCACUAUGUUGGAAAGAAUCGAGGCCUUGAUAUCGACGCCCUCCCUAAACAGCCUUACUUUGCACGCGCUGAACCCCUCCACAAACGUUUGCAGACGAUGAUGACCAGCGUAUCGCAGCCCUUUUGGGUCAUCCUUAUCUGGUUCAAAAUACGGCCCUUAGUGUUGCAGCUGCUUCUUAGCAUCUUGAUGUCUCUUCUGGAACUAAGUCGACAAAUGGCCAUGUAUGGCAUGCUCAAGUCAAUGGAGGAUCCUUCUUAUCGGAGUGGCACGCGAGCAUGGCUUUGCGUUACGGCACUGGGACUCGUAUCACCCAUACUACUGGGCUUGAACUCGUGGAUAUCCUGGACGAUGUAUUCGCGGCUGUGGAUUCCUACCUAUGCGGGCCUGUCUGCGCUGGUCUUCGCCAAAUCGAUGCGCUGCAAGACAGUCAGUCAUCCCGGAGAGUCCAAAACGCAAGACGCCCAGCUUGGUGAGAGCGAUGAAGAAAAGCAAAGUCAGCAGAGCGUUUUUAAUAUGGCCGCUGUGGACAUCAAGCGCAUCUCUGAUUUUGCAACCGUCAUCAACCUCCUCCCCUCGUCUUUGAUGAGACUCCUCAUCGCCAGCGCCCUCCUCUUUCGUCUGGUUGGAUGGCAAAGCAUGAUGGCCAGUGUGCUUGUAGCGCUCGUUUUCGUUCCAGCGAGUUGGUACGCCACGAAGUGCUACGCCGCGUCGCAGGAGGAGUACAUGGAAGCCAGUGACAAGCAUAUCACGAUCGUGACCGAGAUGGUUCGAGGCAUUCGUCAAGUGAAAUUCGACGCACUAGAGCUGCUGUGGCAGAAUCGUGUCGCCGAACGACGGGAUGCGCAGCUCAGGUCGCUCUGGAACGCUUUGGUUCAUAUUACUAUUAUGGAAUCUGUCUGGAUAUUUGGACCAAUCCUGGUUUCCGCUACGUGCUUGACAGUAGGGAUGGACGCCAGGGUUAGCGCUAAUCGGGUCGAAAAAUACCUUGUCACGGCGGAUAAAGCCGUCCACACAAGCAGCCAGACGGAUAAGAUUACCUUUGAAGACGCGACAAUCGCGUGGACAGCAGAACCGAACUCAGUUAACGAGGAUCGAUUCAAACUUGGUCCAUUGAAUUUGCAAUUUCCUCGUGGUGGACUGAGCGUGAUAACGGGCAAGUCUGGGUCCGGAAAAAGCCUGCUGCUUGCCUCGAUCCUUGGUGAAUGUGAUAUCCUCCGCGGCACUCUCGCAGUUCCCACCCCACCUUCCAUGGAGGCACAGCUCGACGACAGAGCGACCCCAGGAACAUGGGUCAUGGAUUCUCUGAUCGCAUACGUUGGGCAAAGCCCGUGGAUCGAGAACGGAAGUAUUAAGGAAAAUAUCGUCUUUGACCUUCCGUACCAACAUCAUCGCUACCAUCAAGUGCUGUUCGUGACAGGGCUGGAAAAGGACUUGGAAACCAUGCCGGACGGAGACAAGACGGAUGUUGGAAGAAAUGGCGUCAACCUCAGCGGUGGUCAGCGUUGGCGAAUCUCCUUCGCACGGGCCUUGUACUCUAGAGCUGGCAUCCUGGUCAUGGAUGAUAUCUUCAGCGCCCUGGAUCCGAAGACGGGCCGACACAUCUAUACUCAUGCGCUGACUGGCGAAUUGGGCCAGGGGCGGACCAGGAUCCUCGUCACACAUCACCUAGGCUUAUGUUUACCGCAGGCAGAUUACUGUGUCCUGUUGGAAGAUGGGGGCAUGGUGUAUGCCGAGACGACAAAACAUUUGGAAAGGAAACGGCCAGUUACAGGGGGCCUGCAGGAGGCCGCAGAUCUUCCAGGUCCAGUAACUCCACCCAGCAGGAGUGUUCCCAACAAGUUUGCUCAAGAGGAGAACCGCCAGACCGGCUCCGUCUCUUGGGCGGUCUACAAGGCCUACCUAGUUAAGGGGGGCGGGCUGCCGCGUUGGGCAUUGACCUUUCUAGCAUAUGCAACCUUCAUGACUCUUCUCCUUGGUCGAUCAUGGUGGCUCAAGCUGUGGACUAGUUCGUCCGAUUCGUCGAAGGCAGCCGAACCUUCUUCCCGGUGGCUCCAGACCAUAAUGCGUGUGGGCAACUCUUCCAUCGGCAACGACACCAUCUUCUUCCUGGGUAUUUACGUUGCCAUCUCUGUUACCGCUUGUCUCGUGGGUGUCUUCAAGUACCUGGUCUUAUCCUACAGUUCCCUCCAUACUUCCCGACAUAUGUUCCAAGAUCUCCUCACGAGUAUCCUGACCGCCCCGAUGCGGUGGCUCGAUACUGUACCAAUAGGUGCCCUUCUCAACAGAUUCACCUCAGAUGUUCAACUCCUAGACUGGAGGCUGGGCUAUGAUCUCGGCAACGUGAUGUACAAAAAUAUGGAACUGGUCGGUAUCAUUGUAGCUGGAGGGCUAGUGUCACCUAUAUUGCUGGCUUUCGCAGCUGCCCUGUUCCUUGUCUGUCUUCAUAUCGCCCGAAUAUACAUUACUGGUGCUAGGGAACUGAAACGACUCGAGAGUGUUGCGAAAAGUCCCGUCCUAGAACAUUUUUCGUCCAGUCUUACGGGACUAUCGACCAUCCGUGCCUUUGGCAGGGAGGAGCUGUAUCUCCAGCGGAUGUAUUCCAAGAUUGACCGGCAUGCACAGGCGGCCUGGCACCUUUGGCUUUUCAAUAACUGGCUGGGAUUUCGAGUGAGCAUGGUGGGCGCCUUCUUCACCACGGCGACAGCAGCACUUGUGGUGCAUCAUUCUACCAACAUUUCUGCCGCACUCGCCGGAUUCGCAGUGAGUUUUGCGCUGCAGUACAAUUCUGCCGUCUCCAUGUGCCUUAGGUCCUACGCCAAUCUGGAAAUGGAUAUGAACGCCGCGGAAAGAGUGCUCGAGUACACGGCAAACGACACUGAAGAUCAAGGCGGCGAAGACCCCCCGGCCGCGUGGCCCGCCAGUGGCCACAUCGAGGUGGCCAAUCUAUCGGUCAGUUAUGCACCGACCCUUCCUCCUGUAUUGAACAGUGUGAGCUUCUCUGUGAGCCCAGGCGAGCGGGUUGGAAUAGUUGGCCGCACAGGGGCCGGGAAAUCGUCGCUGGCCAUGGCCCUCUUUCGAUUUCUGGAAACGCCUCGGGGUAGCGUCUUCAUUGACGGCAUCGAUAUCUCCACAAUAAAGCUUUGUGUCCUACGCAGGCGCAUCGCCAUGAUUCCGCAGGAUCCCGUCUUUUUCUCCGGCACCGUCCGGUCAAAUCUCGAUCCACGGGGUGAAUGCUCUGAUCUAGAGCUUUAUCGCGCACUAGAAUGUGUGCACCUCAACCCCACAGGGGACCGAACCUCGCCCAGUCGCGAUGGCGACCUGUGCUUUUCAUCUCUUUCCUUCCCCAUCGUGGAGGGCGGUUCGAAUCUGUCCCAAGGCCAGCGGCAACUUCUCUGCCUGGCACGGGCGAUUGCUUCACGCCCUAAAGUCCUGAUCCUCGACGAAGCUACUUCAGCAGUUGACAUGCAGACAGACGCGUUGCUCCAGCGCUCCAUUCGUGAGGAAUUCUGCAACCAUGGCUCUUCGUUACUCGUUAUUGCACACCGGCUCAGCACGGUUGCGGAUUUCGACAAGAUCCUCGUUUUCGAUGCGGGCAGAGCUGUGGAGUUUGGUACUCCGCAGGAGUUACUACACUUGCGGGAUGGCGUAUUCUGCAAUCUAGUGAGCAACAGUGGGGAGAAGUCUCUGGUUAAGAAGAUCAUUCUUGGAGAACGACGUCGAGAGUAA